AUGCUGCUUCCCUGGGUUCCGAAGAGAAAGCGAACCACACUCGCCAAAACCAAGGAAGAAGGGAGUGAACCGGACCAGUCACAGCCAACAUCGACUCCAACAGACCCUCGCUUGACACAACCCGCGACUGCCAAAUCCACUGUUCCCUUCAACUCACCAGAUGGCAUUCCUUCGACGCAGAUAUCCGAGGCUGAGGCCGGCCAGCAAACCGCCAACAAUAAUACCAUGGCCCAGUUCAUGAAACCUAAGUUCGCCAGAGCCCCCAUACGAGAAGCUGGAAGGGUUGCGUACCUUGGUGAAUCCUCAAAUCUGGCCUUGUUGGUGCAGGAUAAGCAUGGUACAACAGACGUCGUCCACUACCCGCUUCCAGAAAACAUUCGAGGCGCUCGAGCUCGAUUGACCGAACCAGAUCAGCUCGAGAUUGAGAUCCUUCAGCAGCGAGGCGCUUUUCUGCUGCCGCCGAGAUCAUUAUGCGAUGAGCUUGUGGAUUGCUUCUUCCGUUGGGUCGCUCCCGUGGUGCCAGUCAUUAAUCGGAGCCGCUUCAUGAAACGAUACAGAGAUCAGAAAAAUCCGCCCUCGCUGCUGCUGUUGCAAGCCGUCUUGCUGGCGGGUUCUCGUGUCUGCACGAACCCACAGCUUAUGGAUGCAACUGGAUCUACCACCCCCGCAGCCAUGACAUUCUACAAGAGGGCCAAAGCUCUGUAUGAUGCAAACUACGAGGAUGACCGUAUCACCAUUGUUCAGGCUCUGAUUCUAAUGGGCUGGUACUGGGAGGGGCCCGAGGAUGUUACCAAAAAUGUCUUUUACUGGACGAGAGUCGCCAUUGUGGUGGCUCAAGGUGCCGGCAUGCACAGAAGGCAAGUUUGCCAAUUUGUGGAGAAUUCACAGCUCAGCCGUCAAGACAAGCGUCUUUGGAAACGCGUAUGGUGGUCACUGUUCACUCGAGAUCGAUCCGUCGCAGUCGCCCUGGGAAGACCAGUCUCGAUAAAUACAGACGAUUCCGACGUCGAGAUGAUCACCGAGGACGACUUUAUCGAAGAUGAAGGAGAUCCCGCAAACGAUUACCGCCGAGACCCUGUCCAUGUGCAAUUCUUCCUGCAGUACGUCAAGCUCUGUGAGAUCAUGGGGCUGGUCUUGUCUCAACAGUAUUCGGUGGCCUCCAAAGCUCGUCGGACCAACGCCAUCGAUCUGACUCACAGCGACAUGGCUCUAGCAGAUUGGCUCCAAAAUUGUCCAAGAGAGGUAUACUGGGAGCGCUCGAGACACCAUUUCUGGUCCGCUCUUUUGCAUUCCAACUACUAUACUACACUUUGUUUGCUGCAUCGGGCGCACAUGCCGCCUGCUACGGCCAAACCGAGCGAUCACGAGAAUGUGGACAUGGCGUAUCCCUCAAGGACCAUCGCCUUCCAGGCAGCUGGCAUGAUCACUUCCAUCGUCGAGAACCUUCUUGCGCAUGAUCAAAUCAAGUACACGCCAGCGUUCAUUGUCUACAGCCUCUUUUCCGCACUAAUAAUGCAUGUUUAUCAAAUGAGGUCUUCAGUCCCCUCGGUUGUGGCAGCAAGUCAAGAGCGCAUCAAUGUCUGCAUGAACGCACUCAAAGAGGUAUCCAAAGUCUGGCUCGUCGCCCGCAUGGUUCACACGCUGUUCGAGUCCAUCCUUGGCAAUAAAGUGCUCGAAGAACGACUCCAGAAGGCAACAGGUCGGAAAGUUCAACGAAACAGGAACGUGAACCCUAGCCAGCAUUCCAAUGGCCAUAACAAUACCGUACCGCCUGCGCCUGCGUCGAACCUGGCAUCUAACAAACGUAAAUUCGACGAUAUCGACCUCGGUUUCUCUGUAGGGCCUCCAGCGCCUCAGAUGUCAUACGAACGCUCGCGGCCGCAAACGCCAGCUGUGACGCCUUCGAGAGAGCUGAAUCCGCAACAGGCGAAUAUGCCGAUGGGUUCUCCACCUCUCCAGAAUGAGCCUCUACUUCCCAACCAGAAUCGCGCAUCGUCUAGGCUUCACUCAAGAGGACCAACGCGGGCGAACUCACCAUUCAACGGAUAUUCUAUACCAGCGACGCCGCCCGAUUUGUUCUUGGUUACACGAAAUUCCCCCAACAUUAUGUGGGAGAACUUCCAGCCGGACCAACUGUUCCCCGACGGUACGAUCGGAGGCAGCAACAUGUUUGGCAGUCCCACAUUGCAAGGCGCUGUUGACCCACAGCUCCAAGUACCGAAUCCUGGCUUGGCAGACCAGAUGAUGGGAGGCCAGACCAGUGGAGCUUGGCCGCCCAACAUGCAAAACAUGAUGAGUGGUGUCGAUGGAAUGGGUCGGAAUGCCGACAGCGACCGGUGGUCCAACAGCUCUAUUGGCAACGCGCCUGUGGCCCCGACACACUUGAACGUCGAAGACUGGUUCCAGUUCUUUGGCAUUAACGGCGAAAUGAAUCCCAUGGCGGCGGAUCCUGGCACGGGAUAA